GCGCGGCGUGACACGCUUGUAGCGGCUCUGUGAUCCGUGCUUCGGUGGUUCAGCGGUACUCAACGGAACAUGUCGUGGCUGUUCGGGCUCAACAAAGGUCAGAGUGGCGCUCCACCGGAGGGUCCGGUUCCGCCCGCUCCUCCUCCGCCGCCCGGCGGGUCUGGCUCGGGUUCCGGUGACAAACCGAAGGACAAAUGGAGCAACUUCGACCCCACCGGGCUGGAGCGAGCGGCGCAGGCGGCCAAAGACCUUGACCAGUCCCGUCAUGCCAAAGAGGCGCUGGAUCUGGCGCGCAUGCAGGAACAAACUGUUCAGAUGGAGCAUCAGAGUAAAAUGAAGGAGUACGAGGCGGCUGUGGAGCAGCUGAAAGGAGAUCAGAUUCGUGUUCAAGCGGAAGAACGCAGAAAAACUCUGCAUGAGGAAACCAAACAGCAUCAGGCGAGAGCUCAAUAUCAGGAUAAACUCGCCCGCCAGCGAUACGACGACCAGCUGCGACAGCAGCAACACCUGAAUGAAGAGAACCUGCGCAGACAAGAGGAGUCGGUCCAGAAACAGGAGGCCAUGAGGAAAGCAACCAUCGAGCACGAGAUGGAACUGCGACACAAGAACGAGAUGCUCCGCGUGGAGGCGGAGUCUAAAGCUCGCGGUCGCGUGGAGAGAGAAAACGCUGACAUCAUCCGUGAACAGAUCCGACUGAAAGCAGCCGAACACAGACAGACGGUUCUGGAGUCUAUACGUACGGCAGGUGCCGUGUUCGGAGAAGGAUUCAGAGCGUUUACAUCAGACUGGGACAAAGUCACGGCGACGGUGGCGGGACUGACGCUGCUGGCGGUGGGCGUUUACUCCGCGCGGAACGCGACCGCUGUGGCCGGGCGAUACAUCGAGGCUCGAUUAGGAAAACCAUCGUUAGUACGAGAAACAUCACGAAUCACUGUGGUUGAAGCGUUAAAGCACCCGGUCAAGAUGGUGAAGCGGUUGAAGAGUAAACCGCAAGACGCGCUCGAGGGAGUCGUGCUCAAUCCGUCUCUGGAAGAGCGCGUUCGUGACAUUGCCAUCGCCACGAGAAACACGCGACAGAAUCGAGGACUGUACCGCAAUAUUCUCAUGUACGGCCCACCGGGGACCGGAAAAACACUCUUCGCCAAGAAGCUGGCGGUGCACUCUGGGAUGGAUUACGCGAUCAUGACUGGCGGUGACGUUGCUCCGAUGGGUCGUGAUGGAGUGACGGCGAUGCACAAAGUGUUUGAUUGGGCGGGAACCAGCGGCCGCGGGCUGCUGCUGUUUGUGGAUGAAGCUGAUGCAUUCCUGCGCAAGAGAUCCACUGAGAAGAUCAGUGAAGAUCUGCGAGCGACUCUAAACGCAUUCCUGUAUCGCACCGGAGAACAGAGUAACAAGUUUAUGUUGGUGUUGGCCAGUAAUCAGCCGGAGCAGUUUGAUUGGGCGAUAAACGACAGAAUCGAUGAGAUUGUGAAUUUCACACUGCCGGGAGUGGAGGAGAGAGAGAGACUCGUGCGGCUGUAUUUCGAUCGAUAUGUGCUGGAGCCCGCCACUGGAGGACGCCAGAGGUUAAAACUGGCUCAGUUUGAUUACGGUUUGAAGUGUUCGGUGAUCGCCAUGCGUGUGGAGGGAAUGUCUGGACGAGAGAUCUCCAAACUAGGAGUCGCCUGGCAGGCGGCGGCAUACUCGUCAGAGGACGGCGUGCUCACGGAGGCGAUGAUCGACGCGCGAGUGGACGACGCAGUCCGUCAGCACCGGCAGAAGAUGGACUGGCUGCACGGCGAGGGCGUUCUGGAUAACGAGGGGCGACCGGUGAAUCCAGAGACUGCCAGUAAAUCCAGUAAGAUCAGCUUCACACCUUCGCUGCAGGCACAGGAAGUGACAUCACCGCAGAAAGCUGAGGGCGGAGCCACAGAGAAGACCACUGACGGCAAACAUGAUGGCACGCCAGUUUAACCGUGUCAAAGUUCAGUGUCUGUAGUAAAAGAAUGAAAGUGAUUAAUCUGUAUGUGUGUCGCGUCUUGUGUCGUAGAUUUACUGAACAGAUGACCGUGUAUUCUGUAAAUUACACUUAAAUCACUCUUAAUAAUCAAAUACUGGAAACAAUGUAGAAAUGUUUUUAUGUCUGACAGUA